AACGAAAGCUGAACACACGCAGCGGGAGGCGAAGCGCGCGGGAGGGCGAGAGCAAGAGCGAUCAGCAUGGAGGCGGGCCGGAGCUGGAGCAUCGACAGCUUCCUCAACGAGCACUUCGACAUCCCCGCCAAGAACCCGCCCGGCGAGGCCCGCCUCCGAUGGCGCCGCGCCGUCGGCCUCGUCGUCCGCAACCGCCGCCGCCGCUUCCGCAUGUUCUCCAGCCUCCACCCCGUCGACGACGCCCAGCGCCGCAAGAUCCUGGGAAAAGUUCAGGUUGUAAUUAAUGUGCACAGAGCAGCGCUUCAAUUCAUCGAUGGUGUAAGACGGUACCCCCUAUCCAACGAGCUUAUCAAAGAGGGAUUUUGUAUCAGCCCAGAUGAACUGGCAGCAAUUACCGGCAUGCGUGAGGAUCCUGCAAUCUUCAAGACGCAUGGUGGAAUGAAUGGAAUAUGUAGGAAAAUCAAAGCCUCAUUGGAAGAUGGUAUCAACGAAACUGAAAUAGAAACCAGGCAAAAACUGUACGGCACUAACAAGCAUGCUGAGAAGCCUCCAAGAAGCUUCUGGAUGUUUGUCUGGGAUGCAUUGCAUGACUUGACGCUGAUUAUUCUAAUGGUUUGUGCUGUUGUUUCUCUAGUGGUUGGCCUUGCCACCGAGGGGUGGCCAAUGGGUAUCUAUGAUGGCCUUGGCAUAAUACUCAGUAUUUUGUUGGUGGUACUGGUUACAGCAUCCAGUGACUACAAGCAGUCACGGAAGUUCAUGGAGCUGGACCGUGAGAAACAGAAGAUAUAUGCCCGUGUCACCAGAGAUAGGCAAACCAAGAAGGUAUUGAUUCAUGAUUUGGUUGUUGGUGACAUCUUGCAUCUUUCAAUAGGUGAUGUUGUUCCUGCAGAUGGCUUGUUCGUCUCUGGAUACUGCUUAGUGGUAGAUGAAUCUAGCUUGUCAGGUGAGAGUGAACCAGUCCAUGUUUCUGAAGAAAAGCCGUUUCUUCAUGCUGGGAGUAAAGUGCAAGAUGGAACAGCCAAGAUGCUUGUUACUGCCGUUGGUAUGCGUACUGAAUGGGGCAAAAUCAUGGAUACUCUUAAUGACGAUGGGGUUGAUGAAACUCCUUUGCAAGUUAAGCUUAAUGGUGUGGCCACAAUAAUAGGACAGAUCGGGCUGGUGUUUGCUAUUCUCACAUUUCUGGUACUUCUAGUGAGGUUACUGAUUGACAAGGGAAUGCAUGUUGGAUUAUUGAAUUGGUCAGCAAAUGAUGCACUGACAAUAGUUAACUACUUUGCUAUUGCAGUGACAAUCAUUGUGGUCGCAGUUCCUGAGGGUCUACCACUGGCUGUGACUCUUAGUCUAGCGUUUGCCAUGAAAAAGCUGAUGAAUGACAAAGCACUAGUGAGGCAUCUUGCAGCAUGUGAAACCAUGGGUUCAGCAACUUGUAUUUGCACUGAUAAGACAGGAACUCUGACGACCAACCACAUGAUUGUUGAUAAGGUUUGGAUCAGUGAGGUAUCUAAGUCUGUCAAUGGUGCUACAAAUAUUAAUAAGCUAAAGGCUGCAAUUUCAGAAAGUGUUAUGGAAAUACUUAUACAAGGACUAUUUGUGAACACUGGUUCUGAGGUGGUGAAGGGAGAUGAUGGCAAAAGAAAUAUCCUGGGCACACCAACUGAAGCAGCAUUGUUGGAGUUUGGCUUGAGCUUGCAAGGAGAUCUAUACGAUGAGUACAACAAGUUGGCAAGAGUAAGAGUAGAACCUUUCAAUUCAGUUAAGAAAAAGAUGUCUGUUUUAAUACAGUUACCUAACGGUGGCCUCCGGUCCUUCUGUAAAGGCGCAUCAGAAAUUAUUUUAGAGCAGUGUGAUACUGUCUUCAAUAGUGAAGGAAAUAUAAUACCGCUAUCAGAAAUACAGAAGCAAAAUGUUUUAGAUAUAAUCAAUUCAUUUGCUUCUGAGGCAUUAAGAACACUUUGCAUCGCGUUUAAGGAUCUGAAUGAAAUUUCUGACGAUCAAACUAUACCAGAGGAGGGCUACACACUAAUAGCACUUUUUGGUAUAAAGGAUCCAGUCCGUCCUGGUGUCAGGGAUGCAGUAAUGACCUGCAUGGCUGCUGGUAUUAAAGUAAGAAUGGUGACUGGAGACAACGUCAACACUGCUAAAGCUAUUGCCAAGGAAUGUGGAAUACUAACUGAGGAUGGAAUUGCGAUAGAAGGACGAGAGCUUCACGAUAAGAGCACAGAUGAGCUGAAGGAGCUCCUGCCUAAAAUUCAGGUAAUGGCCCGCUCCUUACCAAUGGACAAAUAUAAAUUGGUAACAAGCUUAAAAAGUAUGUAUCAAGAGGUGGUAGCAGUUACUGGUGAUGGAACCAAUGAUGCCCCUGCAUUGUGUGAGUCAGACAUUGGUCUGGCCAUGGGCAUUGCCGGCACUGAGGUUGCAAAAGAGAAUGCCGAUGUUAUAAUUAUGGAUGACAACUUCAGUACCAUUGUAAAUGUUGCUAGAUGGGGUCGAGCAGUUUACUUGAACAUUCAGAAGUUUGUGCAGUUCCAGCUUACGGUUAAUGUAGUGGCUCUGAUAGUGAAUUUCGUCUCAGCGUGUAUCAUAGGUACUGCACCACUUACUGCCGUCCAGUUGCUAUGGGUGAACAUGAUCAUGGAUACAUUAGGCGCCUUGGCCUUAGCCACAGAGCCACCUAAUGAUGAAAUGAUGAAGAGACCACCUGUGAGACGGGGACAUAGUUUUAUCACUCGGGUCAUGUGGAGGAAUAUUCUUGGGCAAGCUUUAUAUCAGCUCCUUGUACUUGGUACUCUCAUGUUUGCUGGAAAGAGGCUUCUUAACAUUGAAGGCCCGCAUGCUGAUAGAACCACCAAUACCCUCGUAUUCAACUCUUUCGUAUUUUGUCAGGUCUUCAACGAAAUAAACAGUAGGGAAAUGGAAAAGAUCAACGUGUUCAGAGGGAUAUUCAAAAACUGGAUCUUUAUCGGUGUAUUAUCAGCCACUGUCUUAUUCCAAGUGAUCAUAGUAGAGUUUCUUGGCACUUUUGCAAACACCGUGCCUCUGAGUUGGGAGCUCUGGUUGCUCAGUGCAAUUCUUGGCUCAGUUAGCAUGAUCGUCGCGGUGAUUCUCAAGUGCAUCCCUGUGGAAUCUAGGGAAACAGGCAAUAAGCCCCAUGGUUACGAGUUGAUUCCUGAAGAACCAGAAACUGUGUAGUUGUUGCUUUUCACCCUGUUGCUCCCAUGUUCACCAACCAAAUCUUUGGCAGUGGCUGGAAGCAGAUGCCUUGUCAGGAUUUCUUUCACAGUGAUUUUUGUUAUGGUAACCAGAAGAUUUGUAAUGGGAUUCAGCGUCGAUGGAGGAAGGGGACUGAAACGGCAGCGCGCAUAUUGCGAACAGGGAAAUCUUGAUUCCUCGGUGCGUUCUAGAAGUUUUCAAGGUUUCUUGCGAGUGUCUGCUGUUCUGGUCCGCUGCAUUUUUUGUUCAGCUGUAAAUCGAGUUGUAACUUAUUCUCAUGUUGAGAUGAAAUGUUAACAAGAGAGGUUUUGUUUGAUACGAACAUAAUUGUUCUGUUCAUCUAGUGCCAUUUUCUGCAUU